GUCAUCAGGGUGGCGCGCUUGUUGCUUAGGCCAGAAGUACAAGGGUGUUGAAGUUCCUACUCGCUGCAAAUAAAGAUGGCUGUUAAUGUCUACAGCACCAGUGCUACGUCCGAAAAUCUUAGUAGACAUGAAAUGCUAGCAUGGAUAAACGAAUCACUAGUAACAUCUUUCCAAAAAGUCGAGCAGUUAUGCACCGGUGCUGCUUAUUGUCAAUUUUUGGACAUGUUAUUUGAAAAUUGUGUUCCUAUGAAAAAAGUAAAAUUUGAUGCUAAAUUAGAACAUGAAUUUAUUCAAAACUGGAAAAUACUGCAAAAUGGAUUCAAAAAAUGUGGCAUUGAUAAAGUUAUCCCAGUGGAAAGGCUAGUAAAAGGUAAGUUUCAGGACAACUUUGAAUUUUGCCAGUGGUUCAAAAAAUUCUUUGAUGCCAACUAUGCAGGUGGGGAAUACGAUGCUGUGAAGGCACGAGGUGGUGUUGACCCAUCAGGUUGUGGACCAGCUGGAUUGUCAAUCGCAAAGAAACCAUCUGGCAUAGCUACAGGAGUAUCUGCAAGAAAGCCAGUAGGGGCUACUCGUGCGCCUGCCCCGAAGCGGGCACCGGUAGCUAAACCAAUGCAAACACGCACUUCACCUGCAGCACCAUCGGCAGGUCGAGCUGCCCCGCAGAAGAACCAGACACCCACGAGAAAUGAUGUCAACGAUGAGCAGAUCGGCGAACUAACAGGACAGAUGGCAGAGCUAAGAGUCACUAUAGAAGGCCUAGAGAAAGAGAGGGAUUUCUACUUUGGAAAAUUACGGGAUAUAGAGGUCUUGUGCCAAGAGGCGGACGGGGAGUCAGACACCAAUCAGCGUAUUUUACAGAUUCUUUAUGCAACUGAGUUGUUUCAACAGGGUGAAACUGAACAGAAACAAAAACUUGCUUGCGAAAGCCGCAAAGAGGACGGAUUUGCAGCUCCCGAGGAAGGCGAAGGUCUCGGCGAUGAACAGGAGGAAUACUAGGACUUCGAUGCAAACAACCUUUCAGCUGAUAUCGGCCUCACUUGAAUAAUAAACGAAAAGCAUUUGGACGUAAUCAAUUGUGUUUAAUGUUUUGUUAGUAGAUCGUUUUAAUUUCUAUUAUUUUAAAAAUCAAACCACUAUCUGUUCCAGUUUACUGGGCAUUUAACCGUAAAGAAACGGAACAGUUCACGUACUCUGUGAUGUCACAGUUCCAUUUGUAUUGUUGCUUGUGUAGUUCAUAUGUUUAGAAUAAACCUAGGGCAGUUUCACUGCCACUGAUUAAUUGAACCUGUAGCACGAUGGCGCCCCUAAAUCAGCCAUAGUUCCCUUAAGAUCGUCUCUUUUUUUGAAGUACACUACUUUUUGCUCACAUCCCCGCCCCUUAGUACGCUAGUUUUUGCUUUCCUGGCCGAUUCGAUUAUACCUUCAACGCAAGGUGUUUUGUUGACUAACAGUAUAGCUCUUUUAAAAGGACUUUUCCUAGUAAAUAUUAUUUUCAAUUCCAGUCCCGAUAUUUAUGACCGAUAAGCUUACGGUUAAUUUACACUUAGUGCUCGUAGUGGCUAUUUUUGUCAUAAUUGUAAGUUCUCAGGUGGGAAGUCACCACCGUGUUCAAGAACAGAUGUCGGAUGCAUUAAACUUCCUAAAGGGUUUUAGUUUAUCAAUUAGCUUUUCUUGCGUAAAAUUCUUUAGCGAAUGAGGGCAUCAAUAGAGUCGAAAA